AUGUCAUCGAAAAAACCACCUCGUGCACUGUAUAUUCCUCCAGCAUUAAGAAACAAUGUAAACAAUGAUCUUAACAUUUCUAAUGAAGUCGGGAAACGAUCAUCCAUCUCAGAAUCUUCGAUGGCAUAUCUCUCUGUAAAUCAACAUACCGAUGACAUAGAACAAUGCUUCAAGUCACUGGAGCUUUCUGAUAAUUCCACUGAGGUAUAUAAUGAUGGCUCCAAGAAGACCGUUUUCAACCCGAAAGUAUUAUCAAAAAACGAGCAAUCUCUUGAUCAAAAAACCGAACCACCAUUAAAGUUAAGUGAUUUUCAGCACAUCAUUGAAUUGUACAAUUUUCCAAAAGAUGUUGAAAAUUGCCAAUUAGAAUCUGAACUCUCGGGAUUUCAAGAUAGUGGAGUUUACCUAAAAUGGGUGGAUGAUGAACACUGCUUGGCUGUAUUUUCAUCUAACGAUGAAGCAAAUCGUGCACUGGCUCAAAUAUCAGGACUUAUUAUGAAGGCAAGAAAAAUAGACGAUGCUUCUUUAGCUAGUAAAAAGAAGAUUGCACGUGCACCUGGUGAUUGGUAUAUGCCGUAUAAAAAGCGUCCAUUAACAACUAGUUCAACAGCUCAUCGAUUAAUUUCAAGUCAUUUAGGCAUUGCGUCGUCUAAUAAAAAGAAAUCAGUUGAAGAUACGGCUAGAGAAGAACAAAAUAAGGCUUUAAUACGAGAAGCACGUGCUCAUGCAGAAGGAAUUCGUCAAGCACGAAAAGCCAUAUGGGAAGGUGGUGACUAA